AUGUCUAUAGAGCUUUGUCGCCGAUUGAAUCAUAAUCCAACUUUCGAGGAGCUCUUAGCUUGUUCCCAGGCUUUGGUCUUGAUUCAAUGCAUUCUGGUCCUCAAUGAAGAUGGCAAUACAGGUCCAUACUCCGAAGCCAUUAGUACAAUGCUAGCAGGCGUUGCUGGGAAACUAUGGCAGCAGGCACCGAUCCAAUUUCCCCAGGCGCUCAGCCAUCGACAUGCAUGGCUUCUCGCUGAGAGCGUCGCCGUACAAUUAUCGUGUGCUUUAUGCUACAAAGCGCUUAUUCGUUGA